CCCCAGGCUCCCCGGACGCGACACAGCGCCCCCUCCUCCUGCCGUCGCUGCCCGCGGGCUCCCCGAGCGCGCGCCGAGCUCCGCGCCCCUCUUCCUUCCUCCCGGCGCCCGGGUGCCAGGCGGCGCCCCCCGGGAGCAUCGCCAGCCCGGGAGCCGGGCCUCGGGGUUACUACCCGCGCCCCUCCCUGCCCCUCCCAGGCAGGGGCGCCUUCCCUACAGGAAUGCCGUUCUGAAUGCCUGACUGCCUCGCCCCGAAGGAUGGCCUCGGAUGGGCGUUAGAGGCACAGCGGCCCCGGGCUCCUGUCCCGUCCGUCUGUCUGUUAUCGUCUGUCUCUCUUGACAUCACCGCAGCUCCACCCCCUCCCGUCCCAGCCCCCAACGCCAGCUUCCUGCAGGCCCAGAGCCGGCAUGAACUCUCCCACCGAGUCGGAUGGGAUGCCAGGCCGGGAACCAGCCUUGGAAAUCCUGCCCCGGACCCCUCUGCACAGCAUCCCCGUGACAGUAGAGGUGAAACCGGUGCUGCCAGGAGCCAUGCCCAGCUCCAUGGGGGGCGGGGGAGGAGGCAGCCCCAGCCCCGUGGAGCUGCGGGGGGCUCUGGCAGGCCCCGUGGACCCUGCGCUGCGGGAGCAGCAACUGCAGCAGGAGCUCCUGGCACUCAAGCAGCAGCAGCAACUGCAGAAGCAGCUUCUGUUCGCUGAGUUCCAGAAACAGCAUGACCACCUGACCCGGCAGCAUGAAGUCCAGCUGCAGAAGCACCUCAAGGUGAGCGUGGGGGCCAGGGCACCCAGACCUCUGAGCCCUGCCCUGGACUCAGCUCACCUUGCCUCCCCACUGCCCCUGCAGCAGCAGCAGGAGAUGCUGGCAGCCAAGAGGCAGCAGGAGCUGGAGCAGCAGCGGCAGCGGGAGCAGCAGCGGCAGGAGGAGCUGGAGAAGCAGCGGCUCGAGCAGCAGCUGCUCAUCCUUCGAAACAAGGAGAAGAGCAAAGAGAGUGCCAUCGCCAGCACUGAGGUGAAGCUACGGCUCCAGGAAUUCCUCCUGUCGAAGUCAAAGGAGCCCACACCAGGCGGCCUCAACCAUUCCCUCCCACAGCAUCCCAAAUGCUGGGGAACCCACCAUGCUUCUUUGGACCAGAGUUCCCCUCCCCAGAGCGGCCCCCCUGGGACGCCUCCCUCCUACAAACUGCCUUUGCUUGGGCCCUACGACAGCCGCGAUGACUUUCCCCUCCGCAAAACAGCCUCUGAACCCAACUUAAAAGUACGUUCAAGGCUAAAGCAGAAGGUGGCCGAGCGGAGAAGUAGUCCCCUCUUGCGUCGCAAGGAUGGGACUGUCAUUAGCACCUUUAAGAAGAGAGCUGUUGAGAUCACAGGUGCUGGACCUGGGGUGUCCGCCGUGUGUAACAGCGCGCCAGGCUCUGGCCCCAGCUCUCCCAACAGCUCCCACAGCACCAUCGCGGAGAACGGCUUUACGGGCUCGGUUCCCAACAUCCCCACCGAGAUGCUCCCCCAGCACCGGGCCCUCCCUCCGGACACCUCCCCCAACCAGUUCAGCCUCUACACGUCUCCCUCUCUGCCCAACAUCUCCCUAGGGCUGCAGGCCACGGUCACUGUCACCAACUCGCACCUCACUGCCUCCCCGAAGCUGUCGACGCAGCAGGAGGCCGAGAGGCAGGCCCUCCAGUCCCUGCGGCAGGGCGGUGCACUGACGGGCAAGUUCAUGAGCACAUCCUCCAUCCCUGGCUGCCUGCUGGGCGUGGCCCUGGAGGGCGACUCGAGCCCCCACGGGCACGCCUCACUGCUGCAGCACGUGCUGCUGCUGGAACAAGCCCGGCAGCAGAGCACCCUCAUUGCUGUGCCGCUCCACGGGCAGUCCCCGCUGGUGACAGGUGAGCGCGUGGCCACCAGCAUGCGGACAGUGGGCAAGCUCCCGCGGCACCGGCCCCUGAGCCGCACCCAGUCCUCGCCGCUGCCCCAGAGCCCCCAGGCCCUGCAGCAGCUGGUCAUGCAGCAGCAGCACCAGCAGUUCCUGGAGAAGCAGAAGCAGCAGCAGCUGCAGCUGGGCAAGAUCCUUACCAAGACGGGGGAGCUGCCACGGCAGCCCACCACCCACCCCGAGGAGACAGAGGAGGAGCUGACGGAGCAGCAGGACGCCUUGCUGGGGGAGGGAGCCCUGACCAUACCCCGAGAAGGCUCCACGGAGAGUGAGAGCACCCAGGAAGACCUGGAGGAGGAGGAAGAGGAGGAGGAGGAAGAGGAGGAGGAGGAGGAGGAGGACUGCAUCCAGGUCAAGGACGAGGAGCGCGAGAGCGGUGCUGAAGAGGGGCCCGACUUGGAGGAGUCUAGUGCUGGUUACAAAAAGGCAUUUGCAGACACCCAGCAGCUGCAGCCGCUGCAGGUGUACCAGGCACCCCUCAGCCUGGCCACUGUGCCCCACCAGGCCCUGGGCCGCACCCAGUCCUCACCUGCUGCCCCUGGGGGCAUGAAGAGCCCCCCAGACCAGCCCACUAAGCACCUCUUCACCACAGGUGUGGUCUACGACACGUUCAUGCUGAAGCACCAGUGCAUGUGCGGGAACACACACGUGCACCCCGAGCACGCUGGCCGGAUCCAGAGCAUCUGGUCCCGGCUGCAGGAGACAGGCCUGCUCAGCAAGUGUGAGCGAAUCCGGGGUCGUAAAGCCACGCUGGAUGAGAUCCAGACGGUGCACUCUGAGUACCACACACUGCUCUACGGUACCAGCCCCCUCAACCGGCAGAAGCUGGACAGCAAGAAGCUGCUCGGCCCCAUCAGCCAGAAGAUGUAUGCCAUGCUGCCUUGCGGGGGCAUUGGGGUGGACAGCGACACUGUGUGGAACGAGAUGCACUCCUCCAGCGCCGUGCGCAUGGCGGUGGGCUGCCUGGUGGAGCUGGCAUUCAAGGUGGCCGCAGGGGAGCUCAAGAAUGGAUUUGCCAUUAUCCGGCCCCCAGGACACCACGCGGAGGAAUCCACAGCCAUGGGAUUCUGCUUCUUCAACUCAGUAGCUAUCACAACCAAGCUCCUGCAGCAGAAGUUGAACGUGGGCAAGGUUCUCAUCGUGGACUGGGACAUUCACCAUGGCAAUGGCACCCAGCAAGCAUUUUACAACGAUCCCUCCGUGCUCUACAUCUCCCUGCAUCGCUAUGACAACGGGAACUUCUUUCCGGGCUCCGGGGCUGCUGAAGAGGUUGGCGGAGGGCCGGGCGUGGGGUACAAUGUGAACGUGGCAUGGACGGGAGGUGUGGACCCCCCCAUCGGAGACGUGGAGUACCUAACGGCCUUCAGGACAGUGGUGAUGCCCAUUGCCCACGAGUUCUCACCUGAUGUGGUCCUGGUCUCCGCUGGCUUUGAUGCUGUUGAGGGACACCUGUCUCCGCUGGGUGGCUACUCUGUCACCGCCAGAUGUUUUGGCCACUUGACCAGGCAGCUGAUGACGCUGGCAGGGGGCCGGGUGGUGCUGGCCCUGGAGGGAGGCCACGACCUGACCGCCAUCUGUGAUGCCUCUGAGGCCUGUGUCUCGGCGCUGCUCAGCGUGGAGCUUCAGCCCUUGGACGAGGCAGUCUUGCAGCAAAAGCCCAACAUCAACGCAGUUGCCACGCUGGAGAAAGUCAUCGAGAUCCAGAGUAAACACUGGAGCUGUGUGCAGAGGUUCGCUGCUGGCCUAGGCCGUUCCCUGCGGGAGGCCCAGGCAGGUGAGACAGAGGAGGCUGAGACUGUGAGCGCCAUGGCCUUGCUGUCGGUGGGGGCUGAGCAGGCCCAGGCAGCUGCAGCCCGGGAGCACAGCCCAAGGCCAGCAGAGGAGCCUAUGGAACAGGAGCCUGCCCUGUGACGCCCUGGCCCCCAUCUCUCUGGGCUUCAUCAUUGUGAUUUUGUUUAUUUUUUCUAUUAAAAACAAAAAGUCACACAUUCAA